AUGCAUUUCUUGUCAUUCAAUAACCUGUUAAAUAAUAUCUUUAAGAUAUACAGCAGUUGCCCAGUCUCACUUUCAAAUGUUAAAGGCCCAGUGCAGUCAAAAAAAAAUAGAUUUUCAUAUUUCUAUACUGAGGUUGGAAUAAUACUGUAAAAAUUAUAAUGCCCUUUUUUAGUGUAAGAGCUAUUUGAAAAAACCGCCUGAAAUUUCAGCCUGUUGUGGUGGGAUGGAGUUUUGGCCUGCCUGUUGACAUCCCCAGGCGGUAAAUUAGUUAAUAGACCAAUAAGAGAGUUCCAAACCUCUUUGCCAGUAACGGCUAGUUUUCAGUUUCCCCAUCCCCACUCACAGACAGUCAUAGCAAAAUUCUUGCUUGAGAAAUGUAUCUUUACUAAGAAGCUAUUUAAAAAAAAAUCUUUUUUACCAUUUUAAUUGAAUACAAUCACAGGAAGGUACUUAAUUGUUACCCACAAAUGAUUUGAUAUUGAGAUAAAAAAAAAAAAAAAACUGCUGCAUUGGGCAUCUUAAUGAAUGUAUCUUUUCAGAUGGAGUAAGAUCUUCAAAUCUCGUCUGGUUCAAACUAUUGCAUAUUAUGGAAACACCUCCUUCAUGGUAGCCAUUGCCAUUUUAGUCUUCUUACUAAUCGGUAAGUGUGUGUCAUCCACUGUCUACACCCAAACAUAUCAACCUUCGUUCACAGGUUUUGAUCACUUUUUGUUAAUUGUGCUGACGAUAACAAAUUGUGUAGUGGCCGAGACAAACCCACACCACCUUAGUCUUCCAUAGUUUUCCCAUGCUCUUGUCUGUGUCUCUAUGUAGAUGCGUUCAGGGAGGUACGGAAGUACAGUGUGACUGAGAAGGUGGACCUGACCAACAACCCAGUGGCCGUAGAUCACAUUCACAUGAAGCUGUUCAGGGCCCAGAGGAAUGAGUACAUUGCUGGCUUCGCCCUGCUCCUGUGUGUGUGAGUAUCCAUGCCUGCCCACAUCCUCCCCCGCCCAGAGCACACCAACUGGCUCCAGCCUGUUCUUGUUUAAGAAUGCUUUCUGAAGUAGGAAGGUUGAUGUUUAGCUACUCUGACUUUGCGCUAGCGCCCCUGGUUUCUUAGCACACAAUCACUGUAGGCAUCUGUACCUUUCAGGAACCACCCAUUUGUCACCAUAUUUCUGAUUUGAAUUAUGAAAUAAUUACCUUUUACAGUUUAAAAUAACUGCCAAUAAUGUUAUUAAUAGAAUAGCUGGAAUCACUUGUUAGUAGGACAAAAUACAUGAAGAUGAAAACGCACAUUGUUUGUCAUCAGCCCAAACGAUAUGUUUGUUUGCCCUUAUGCUAGUGAUGAGUAGGUGGUGUGUGAACUUUAUUCAUCUACUGACAUUUUACAGUAGUGAUUGAAGGAAUGUCCGGUUGGAGGGGGCGCUAGCUAGCUAGACAUUUUCCAUUCACAAGUCUCAUCCUAAGUGUAAAGCCUGGUUAACAUGACUGGAUGAAGAUCGUCUGACGUAGUAAUAUACCGCUCUUUUAAUGCCUGGUUGUGUCCAGUCUGCAUAUCUUCUCCAUACAGGGACCCUGUCAUAUUCCUCUGAAUGGUAUGCUAUUCAUAGACCUUCUGGUGGCUACUACAGCUUUUUGCGCUACUACUUUGCUCUACCAUUGCUUCCAGGUUUGGGUGUUUGGACUUGUAAUCAUUUGGACAGCUGCGUCUGAGAACCCAAGCGACAUGUGAUCAAGCAACUGGUGAUGAGAUUUAAAUUUAGCCUCUGGAUGCCAUUCCUGACUGUAGACCUAUAGCUCAGGAUUAACGUUACUAGCUGCCUAGUAUUACCUCACACAGGGUCUGGCCACUUAAAUGGCACCAAAGUAACUAACUUAUGGCGUUACAUAACAGUGCGUAAGGACAUCAAAUAGACACGUUUAAAAAAAAAUGGCUGAAACGACUUGUCUUCUACUCCUUUCGCAUAGACAAGACGUUAGAUUAUUUACAGCAUAUUAUUUGCAUCAUGUUAGAUUAUUUGCAGCAGGGUUGGCAAAACUCGGAAAUUGGCGGCAAGUGAUUUUAAUGUAGGAAAUUUGUUCACAAUUGUUCCCACGUGUAAUCCACACCAGGUUUGGGCAGUAUCCAGAUUUUCUCUCAUCCUGGGAUUUACGGUAUUACCGGCAUAGCACACAAUGGGGUGCUAAAAAUUUAAGAAAAGCCUAUUGGGCCUCUAUUACCAGAAUGCUAACAACAUUUUCACAAACUAAUAGCAAAAUCACACACUGUUAGCUAAAUGCUAAUGAGAGAAAAUGAACAUAACUAUUUGCAAAGACGGGCAAAUCCAGCUCAUUUAAGUUUUACAAGCAUAGCUAGUAGCUACCGAAUGUCGUUUUCGGUAAAUGUGGACAUUUUUAAAAGCUAAUGAGAAAUGUUGCAAAUUAACAAAGUUGUGACGCAUGCUUUUCUGAAGGAAGAGCAGCAUGAGAUCAUAGGGGAGGAGACGCUAGAAGGAAAACGCUAGAAGGAAAACGCUAGAAGGAAAACGCUAGAAGGAAAACGCUAGAAGGAAAACGCUAGAAGGGAAGCACGGGGUAAAAAUGUCAGCUGUACAGAUAAAGAUCUCUGGCUGAGUUGACUUCUGGCCAGGGUUUCCGUUAGACGGUAAUAGCCUAAUAUAUUAGCCGGUAAAAAAUUGAGAACCCAAUUUAAAUAAAUUUGGUGCCGGCCAACUGUCCGGGAGAAAAAUAAAAAUUCCUAUUGCGAAAUAAUGCUUUUUAUUAAUUGAUGGAAAUGAUAGUCGAUUGAAAUACAUUUGGCUGGUCAUGCUUAUCGGUCUAUAGGUUCAUUUGCAUAAUUUAGUGGAAUUAAAUGGGCACCUGUACAGUAUAUUUGUAUCUUAUUUAUCACACUCGUACAGCAUAGAGACAAAGAGCCUUUGAGCUGAAAAUCUGUCAGACAGUGCGACAGCUGCUUCUACAACAUCUUAACAACAAAUGCACAGGCAACGGAAGGCAGGCUUCAUCAGCGCGUCACACCACUUUGCAAUGAGCUGGAGGCAGUAUGCAUUUUGAAAACAUACAGUACCUGUCAAGUUUGGACACCUAUUAAUUCAAGGAUUUUUCUUUAUUUUUACUAUUUUCUACGUUGUAGAAUAAUACGUUGCGAAGACAUCAAAACUAUGAAAUAACACAUAUGGAAUCAUAUAGUAACCAAAAAAGUGUUAUAUUUGAGGUUCUUCAAAUAGCCACCUUUUGCUUUGAUGACAGCUUUGCACACUCUUGGCAUCCUCUCAACCAGCUUCACCUGGAAUGCUUUUCCAACAGUCUUGAAGGAGUUCCCACAUAUGCUGAGCACUUGUUGGCUGCUUUUCCUUCACUCUGCGGUCCGACUCAUCCCAAACCAUCUCAAUUGGGUUGAGGUCGGCGGAUUGUGGAGGACCGGUCAUUUGAUGCAGGACUCCAUCACUCUCCUUCUUGGUAAAAUAGCCCUUACACAGCCUGGAGGUGUGUUGGGUCAUUGUCCUGUUGAAAAACAAAUGAUAGUCCCACUAAGCCCAAACCAGAUGGGAUGGCGUAUCACUGCAGAAUGCGGUGGUAGCCAUGCUGGUUAACUGUGCCUUGAAUUCUAAAUAAAUCACACAGUGUCACCAGCAAAGCACCAUAACACCACCUCCUCCAUGCUUUAUGGUGGGAAAUACACAUGCUGAGAUAAUCCGUUCACACACACCACUUCUCACAUAGACAAUGGCAGUUGGAACCAAAAAUCUCAAAUUUGGACUCCAGACCAAAGGACACAUUUCCACCGGUCUAAUGUCAAUUGCUCGUGUUUCUUUCCCCAACAAGCCUCUUCUUCUUAUUGGUGUCCUUUAGUAGUGAUUUCUUUGCAGCAAUUCGACCAUGAAGGUCUGAUUCACACAGUCUCUUCUGAGCAGUUGAUGUUAAUGUCUGUUACUUGAACUCUGUGAAGCAUUUAUUUGGGCUGCAAUUUCUGAGGCUGGUAACUCUAAUGAACUUAUCCUCUGCAGCAGAGGAAACUCUGGUUCUUCCAUUCCUGUGGCGGUCCAGUUUCAUCAUAGCGCUUGAUGGUUUUUGCGACUGCACUUGAAGAAACUUUAAAAGUUAUUGAAAUGUUCCGUAUUGACUGACCUUCAUCUCUUAAAGUAAUGAUGGACUGUAAUUUCUCUUUGCUUAUUUGAGCUGUUCUUGCCAUAAUAUGGACUUGGUAUUUUACCAAAUAGGGCUAUCUUCUGUAUACCCCCCCUACCUUGUCACAACACAACUGAUUGGCUCAAACGCAUCAAGAAGGAAAGAAAUUCAACAAAUUAACUUUUAAGGAGACACACCUGUUAAUUGAAAUGCAUUCCUGGUGACUACCUCAUGAAGCUGGUUGAGAUAAUGCCAAAAGUGUGCAAAGCUGUCAAGGCAAAGGGUGGCUAUUUAAAGAAUCUCAAAUAUAAAAUAUAUUUUGAUUUUAACACUUUUUUUGGGGUACUACAUGAUUCCAUAUGUAUUAUUUCAUAGGUUUGAUGUCUUCACUGUUAUUCUACAAUGUAAAAAAAAUUAAGAAAAACCCUUGAAUGAGUAGGUGUGUCCAAACUUUUGACUGGUAGUGUAUACUUAAUUGUUUGAAACCUCAACGUUUUACUUAGCUUUACAUGUUUUACCUAGCUUCAAAGUAGCCUAGCCAAAAUUAGACCGUAUCCGUGGAGGCAAUUAUUUUAGAUCAACUUUCUUUCAUUGUCCAGUAGCCAAAGGCACAACCCUAGGCAUAUUAGCAACCCAUGCUAGUUGUUGCAUAUUAGAUCUCCCCUCUUUCUAAAUUUCUAACGGAUAUUUUCAUCUGUCACAUGAAACCGCUCGCAUGUGCCGUGCGCUUUUGAAAAAAUGUUUUUCCCGCCAAUUGCAAUAUGAACAAUCGCGUGUAGUCUACUGCCUUGUGCUCAUUGCUGCGCUUAUAAUGUGAAGAAAUAAUAGUUAAUCAACAUUUGAAGCUAAAUGUUCUGAUCUGUUGCAUCAUACUCAUGUAGCUUUUUAACGAUUUUUAAAAAAUGUAGCCUAGGCCUAUUGGUUGUAUGAAUUUUGAAUCUAUCAUCCCACAACUGUCCCAGAGUCUGUUUGGAAUAGGACAUUUCUAUCUCGACAAAUUGACCAAUAGAAUAGGUUAACUUUUCUAUUAUGGGGUAUUGUUGAUCGACAUAGGCAAGUGAUUUUGCUGUUCGUUACUCGUCUUGCUGGCUGAAAAUGUAAAUGUGGACAGUUAUUCUAACGUCUUCAAAGUGCGCAUCGGAAUUAGGUAAGAAGGACCGCACAUCGUUCCAUUCUGUACUUGCAUGUUCUGUUAAUGAGAGCUACCAUAAUCUAAAUAUGAUAUCUGUUAUUCUGAGCACCGUGGCUGGAUGCCCUAAUCAGGUUAUGCACCCAAUGCUUAUGGGUCCGGUACAUUUAAAAUGCUGCCGGUCAAAUUUCCAGCGCCACAUUUUCCUAACAGAAACCCUGCUUCUGGCAGGAAGCCAUUAUAAGAUAGCAGAUGGCAAACAUUUAGUAGUGAAUUGCAUACAAGUUUAACUUCACCUCGUGUGCUGUCGAACAGAGACUCGCCGGUAGAUGUAGAACGCUAUGUACUCACCAUCUCCUGCUUUCUCCUGUUGUGCUAUUUACAAACAACACAUGACUGGCUCAACUGUUCUGGGGAACUACGGUAAGCGUCGUCGUGUAAAAUAAUGUGACUGGUGAAAUGAAGAACGCAAUCUGCUUGCUCUCCUAACGCGUUGCACAAGUUGACUGCGGGUAUUCACUUAAAAAGUACCUACAAAUAUUCACAUUUAUUAAAAAACGUUUAAAAAAAAAUUGGGGAAGAUAUUGAGAAACCAUCCUGUGGCUUUUUACAAAUACCCCAGUAUACUGUAUACCUCCCAAGCCUAUUGUGGACACGUGGUUUUAAACAAACGUAAGCAAGGUUUGAAAUUACUGUUUUUGUCAUAUAUCUGUUUUGGGCUUCUUGUGGUCAAUUUACAGUCUACAAAUUAUUUGUAAUUACACCAUCCACUCAAGAAAAAAUUGGCCCAUAGCUGAAUCUAGUUGAUAAUGCAAAUAAUAUGCUGUAAAUCAGAGAUUGUUAGAUUAUUUGCAGCCAUAUUUCCACUGUGGAAGGGUUUGCUCCUGUUUUUGUAUUAGGUCUGCUGAAAGUUUGCGGUCCUUGUUUUAAAGGCAACGGGGAGGCAUCAUUUAUGUGAUAUUAGUACUACAUCCAACGCUUCUGCGUAUUUUAGGGAAUUACAACGAUGAUAUAACUAUACAGAUGAAAUGACGGUGACGUUUGUUUACAAAUAUGGUAUUGGAGCUGACCCUGUGUGUAUAGCUUCUUACUUUCUCCUGUUUUUAUUUCUUGGUUUUUGUUCCACCUUAUGUUAUUUUUAGUGCUACAUUGAUAUUGAGAACGGCAUUGUUGGGUUUGAAGCUCGCAAAAAAGGCAUUUCACUACUUGUGCACGUGACAUUAAAAACUUGAAACAUCCUGACUUGCCCUAUGCUGUUUUCAAGUGCAGUGAUAUGGCUUUUCUAAAUGUCAACAACCACUGCAAUAAACAAACGAGUAGGAAUAUCAAAUAAACGUCAAACGCCAUCCUUUAUGGUUUUGUUCAUUAAAAGCAGUGUAAUUGUAGUGCAAAUGAGUGUUACUAUGAAAGUGUUGUGAGGUAGUUGUGAUAUGUGUUGACGUUUUAACAGUAACUGAACAGGCACUGAGCAGAGGGUCAGUUUGUGUGACAGGAGCAUGAGAGCAAACUAGGCUAACUACAUUCGUCUGCCCCCAGUGUAACUCUCUACAAUGCUGACGCUUAUCUUCUACCUUGCCGAAUACAGUGAUCUCAGAACUUAUUUAUGCCAUAUAUUGCAUAUACUAUUUGAGUGUAAGGAGAAUCCACCACCACAGUGUGUAUAAAUGCUGUUAUAGUUGAUCUUAUGGCAGGAUUGACGGAACUAUCCAUGCAGUUCCUUAGCAUACAAGUAAUCACUUAAAUCUCCAUUACAUUUUGAAGAAGCAUAUACAUCAUGCUGAUGAGAUUGAUAUAAACAUCACAGCUAACUAGCUGGCUCUAAUACACCUUAUGUUUGUUAAAGCAAUCUGGUCUCAAAGCAUUUUGUAUUAUUCUGUACGUAAAUGCGCCACUCCAUUUACUAUAUGUUACGAUUCGUAUGGUAUGUAACCGUACAAUGUUACGAAUUUGCAAAACGUAUGAUAUGUUACGAAUUCUGGCUAGCUAGGCUAAGGUUUAGGAUUAAGUUUAGGCAUUAGGUUAAUAGGUUAGUGAAAAGGACUAAGUAGCUAAAGGGGCUGCAGGUAGCUUAGUGGUUAAGAGCUUUGUGCCAGUAACCGAAAGGUUGCUGGUUCUAAUCCCCGAGCCGACUAGUUCAAAAAUCUGUCUGUGCCCUUGAGCAAGGCACUUAACCCUAAUUGCUCCUGUAAGUCGCUCUGGAUAAGAGCGUCUGCUAAAUGACUAAAAAUAAAUAAUAAAAUAAUAUAGAGUAGUAAGUAGUUAUAAAGUUGUUUGUGAGGAGAUUCGUGCUCUCAACCUUUGUGCGUUACGCCCACCCAUCCUCCCUGACCAACCACCCUACUUUUUGUUUUAGCCUCCUUAUGUAACCAUACCAAACGUAACAUAUCAUACUCAUUUGAGUGUCCUGGAUUCACGUUUACUAAGUUACAUCUAGUCUUUGAGAUCAGGCUGGUUAAAGGAUAACAUGAAAUGCAUAAUGAUGUCAUAUUACCUAAGAACUUAAUUUAUUAGAAAUUCAUGAAUAGUUCAGAUUGACUGGAUUUAUAUUUCUGAUUUGUUUCAAGUAUGAAAUUGAGGUAAAUAUGUUUACAACAUUGCCCUUGGUUAAUUGAUUAGACAGACAUUUUUCUGGUCAACUGUUGUAAGUUGAAAACAUUUACAGUUCCUAGAAGUGUGAUGCGCUUUCACAUUUAAUGUGCUGUCAUUUUAUCUUGGGUCCAGUAUGACCUUCUCAAUAAGGGCCCAUCACUCACACAGAUGUCUUAUCAUCUGAUACCCUUAAAUGCUGCCAUUUACCUCAUCAUGAUUCCUUGGAUACCGCUGAAACUAUGAAAUGACUAGUGCAAGUCUUGGGCCUAAACCAUGGUUGUCUUACUCUCCAGAUUUCCAUACUGCAUGUAAUGUAUUCUGUAUUUAUAUGCUGAUGUCACAAAAUGAAUUUCCAUGUAAAUGGACAAAGUAUAUUGUCGUAAAUCUUAACUGUCUUGAAACACUCUUAAAAGUUUUAACCCCUUCCCAUGUCCAGGUUGCUGAGGCGGCUGGCCACCCUGCUCUCUCAGCAGGCCACUUUGAUGGCUUCCAACGAGGCCUUCAAGAAGCAAGCCGAGGGGGCCAGUGAUGCUGCCAAGAAGUACAUGCAGGAGAAUGAGGAACUGCAGGCGGUGAGCUGGGGUUGGGUGCUAUACAGGACGCUGUUGUGCUUCUAAUGUCAAUCGUGACCUUUACAGGUUUUUUAGCUUUCUCGGUAAGGUCAACACAUAAGACAUCCUUAGAUAUAUUGAGGUAAAUGCCUGCAUGUGAUUUAUGUGGGACAGGAUGUCCUCCUGUGCUUACUAAAGUCUUGUGGUUUACUGUUUGACUGUCCAACAUUUCUCAGAGCUAGGUGCUGGGUGUCAAAGGCAGAAUGAUGCGUGGAAGUUUCAUUUAACCAGCGUUCUGCUGCUGUUUCUUUGACAGCCACAGGGGGGCAACACUGUACCCUUGGUUUAGUAGGGUGUCAUUCAUGCAGUUAACAUUUUAAAUGGCUUCAUCCUCACCUGAGAUACAAUCAGUGUGUUUUUGAAUCAGUCAUCCAAGAGAUUAGCAAAAAAACAAUAAUUAUUUAGUUUUUUACCAACCAUUAUCCCAAUUGCUAUGAUGGCUCUAAAAGGUCCCUUGUUAUUGCCACAUUAAGUGUUUGAUAUGAAAAGCAGUACGUUAGUGGAAUUAGGCUACUUUAACAUCACAAUAUAGGCCUAGUGAGUACUCUCUGCUGACGUGUUUGGUCUUGACCAGGAUAUGAAUGUUCUGCUAGAUCAGAACUGCCACUUUUCUGAGGUUUCCCUUUGCAGCUCACUUUAUUCAGGCUAUUAUAGGGAUUAGGUCCAGACCCAUAUAAUAUUAACAAACCUACUAGUGUUUGGAAGAAGGCUUCAUUUACUCCAAAGCAUUUAUAAACACUUGGAAUAUUUUCCUACCAAUGGGUAUUGAAUUAGAGUGAGCAAACAUAUAUUCUGGUCUGUCUAUGGGCUGAGUGUUUUGAGUUUAGAUUUAAUCAACAAACUGGUUUCAUUUGGUAAAUAAGCACUGCGGCUGAAGCUUGUAAUGCACCUCAACUACGGCGGUGACAAUGUAAUCAUUCAAAACAUGGAUCUCGGUUUUGCAGAAGGUCACCAUGCAUGUGGAUGCUCCACAAGCCAAGGGCCUGAACAUGCCGUCAUUAUUUAUGACCAGCAAAUGGGUCUAACGUGCUGAAGAGUGGAACCAUAAGCUAGAUAAUAUACAACACUGCAGCAAUGUGGGGAUGGAACUAUUUCAAUUUGGACUCUUACGUUUAGAUGGAGGUUUUAUUUACACAAAUUUGGCCCGCCAGCAAAUCAGCUCCAAGUGAUUUUUAAUUUUGGAAAUCUCUUCCAAAGUAUUCCUACGUAAACGAGAUAUGUGAUUGUAUAAGCAAGAUUUGAAAUUGUUUUAGUCAAAUAUUAUAUCUGUUUAGGUUUCUUACUGUCAAUUUGCAGUAUACGAAUUUAUGAGUAAUUAUGUUCCGGACCCCUGACCAUCCGCUCAAUAAAUAAUUGGCCCGCGGCUAAAUGUAGUUGAUGAUCCCUGGUUUACAGUAAAGAGAACUGAUUUAUUUCAAAUUAUUUAUUAAUCUAUUUUAUCCCUCACCAAGGCCAGAGGCUUUAAAUGUAUUGUGACUAGCUCGUCCUCAGAAGUCUCAGGCAUUGCUAACCCUGAAAUGAACUAUUGGGUACGUCCCUUGACCCUAUAAUCCUCUGGGCUCCCUCUACCCAAUCACUGAGUAAUGGCUGUCCAUAUUGCUAUUGAUUCCCUGCACUGCCUAUCUGAGCCAGACUCUGACUAACCCAGCUAUUGAUCUAUUUAAGCAAUAAGGCCCGAGGGAGUGUGAUAUAUCGUAAUUAGAACAUUAAAAAGUAAUGUUUUGCCAUACCCGUCGUAUACGGUGUGAUAUACCACGGCUUUCAGCCAAUCAGCAUUCAGGGCUCAAACCACCCAGUUUAUAAACUAGAAUGAAUACACCUCAUCUUCUGUAGUGGACUGAGCUUACUGCAGAGGACUCGAACUGGGAGUUAUGGAAAUGUGUUUCUUCUCUUUGAUCUAACCAAGAUUGUGUAUGAGGCUCCUUGCCAUAAAUGGUCAAUCUUAGCUACAACUAGGCUAGCUACGUGUUUUGCUUUUUCACUUGCGUCAUCAAACAAAUGCACUGUAACUGCUUGAUUCUUAAUGUAUUUUACAGCAUGCAACAUUUCUUAGCCUAGAUUAGUAGAUUCUGUCUGGUCUUAGAAUCUGUAAGGAACAACCCAAAUCCUCUGGUCUAGAUACAAGGCCUGUUCCCCCUUUGGGAAAAUCCUAACCCUGAUCUGUCUGAUAUUAUUUAGACAUAAAGCUAUUCUCCUAUUAGACCUAGAGUUGGGACACUCUUCAAAUGGAAGUCCUUAAACUAUUGCAUUUGUCAGAUGAGUCCUUAAUCAGGUGCUAGUGACAUCAGUGAUAGUUCCCUAUGUCCCUCCAGGACAUGGAUUCUGUCUUCCUGGUGAUGUGUUGCAUGGUGUGGUAUGUUCAGUCGUGGUCAAAAGUUUUGAGAAUGACACAAGUAUUGGUCUUCACAAAGUUCGUUGCUUCAGUGUUAUGAGCUAUUUUUGUCAGAUGUUACUAUGGUAUACUGAAGUAUAAUUACAAGCAUUCCAUAAGUGUCAAAGGCUUUUAUUGACAAUUGCAUUAAGUUUAUGCAAAGAGUCAAUAUUUGCAGUGUUGACCCUUCUUUUUCAAGACCUCUGCAAUCCGCCCUGGCAUGCUGUCAAUUAACUUCUGGGCCACAUCCUGACUGAUGGCAGCACAUUAUUGCAUAAUCAAUGCUUGGAGUUUGUCAGAAUUUGUGGGUUUUUGUUUGUCCACCCGCCUCUUGAGGAUCGACCACAAGUUCUCAAUGGGAAUAAGGUCUGGGGAGAUUCCUGGCCAUGGACCCAAAAUGUCGAUGUUUUGUUCCCCGAGCCACUUAGUUAUCACUUUUGCGUUAUGGCAAGGUGCUCCAUCAUGCUGGAAAAGGCAUUGUUCAUCAUCAAACUGUUCUUGGAUGGUUGGGAGAAGUUGCUCUCGGAGGAUGUGUUGGUACCAUUCUUUAUUCAUGGCAGUGUUCUUAGGCAAAAUUGUGAGUGAGUCCACUCCCUUGGCUGAGAAGCAACCCCACACAUGAAUGGUCUCAGGAUGCUUUACUGUUGGCAUGACACAGGACUGAUGGUAGCGCUGAUGGUCUUCUCCAGACAAGGUGUUUUCCGAAUGCCCCAAACAAUCGGAAAGGGGAUUCAUGUUUUUCCUGGAGAGAAGUGGCUUCUUUGCUGCCCUUCUUGACACCAGGCCAUCCUCCGAAAGUCUUCGCUUCACUGUGCGUGCAGAUGCACUCGCUGCUGCCAUUCCUGAGCAAGCUCUGCACUGGCGUUGCCCCGAUCCCGCAGCUGAAUCAACUUUAGGAGAUGGUCCUGGUGCUUGCUGGACUUUCUUGGGUGCCCUGACACCUUCACAACAAUUGAACCUCUCUCCUUGAAGUUCUUGAUGAUCCGAUAAAUGGUUGAUUUAGGUGCAAUCUUACUAGCAGCAAUAUCCUUGCCUGUGAAGCCCUUUUUGUGCAAAGCAAUGAUGACGACACGUGUUUCCUUGCAGGUAACCAUGGUUAACAGAGGAAGAACAAUGAUUUACGGCGCCACUGAUCUAUGGCGCCGGAGAAGAUGGCUGCCGUUUUACAGCCCUCUAACCAAUUGUACUAUUAUGUGUGUUUUUCCGCGUUAUUUGUAAUUUAUUUUGUACAUAAUGUUUCUGCCAUCGUCUCUUAUAAUUUUAAAUGAUUUGUACCAAUGCAUCGUGCAAAUUACUUUGAAUGUUUUGGUUUGAAUGAUAGUGUUGAUUUCGCUGGGUAUCACAAUCAAUUUACUUGAAAAUGCAGAUGGAUCAGAGGAAACUAUCAAAAGCAAGGUAUCAAAUAAGAUCAUAGUUCACAUUGCUGUUCCAACUAGCUAGAUUACAAUGACUCACUUAGUGGGGCAGCUAAUCAUAACAGUUCAGUUUGUGAUAAAGGCACAAAACAUGUUUCAUUAAAAUAUUUGGAAAUCGGGCCAUCUCAGGUUUGACCCCUGGUAGCCGUGGCGGCAUUCCUUCUAAAUGGCCACCAGAGUAUUUUUCUAAAAUGGACUGUUCUGGUAAGAUGUCACUAGGGUCAGGCUUGAACUUUUUAAAGAUCUCUCUGGAAACCCAGUGAAGGGUUUAGGUUCCACAAACAGUUGUUGAUGCACAAUGUUUGUAGCAUGUGCUAGCUGAACUGCAUCUAUAGCUAGGUUUCCAUCCAAUUGGCGACAAAAUUCGCAUAAAACUAUUUGCGUUCUAUAGCAAAGGUGCCAACUCUGAUAUAGGCACCUGCGCUCUAGCCAACAGUUUGCAAUAUACAGUGCGGGUAGGCUAGCCUACAUUAUGAGAUUAUUAUGGACAAAUGACCUCGAUUUUAUUUGUAUUUGUCAAACGGCAGCCAAGCAUCGAUCAUCAUGUCACCAGAAUAAGACCCUUGAUAUUUAUUGGAAAGGCGUGUCAAGCUCAACUUGCACAUUCACCACUCUGAAGUUCAUCAUAACUUAUUUCAUCUGUAUCCUAAAACUGCAUGCUUUCCCGAGUCUUAGUGGGAGUACCACACAUGUCAUCAUGUGACUCCAAGUUGACUUUGAUAUGGUGGUUAUUAUAUCAAUAUUUGCACAUUAAAAGCUUUUCCACUGCCAUUUCUCCCAUAAUGAAUUUUACCAACACAAAGAGCCCACCUUGUCUAGCGUAUUUUGUUUACCUACUGCCUGACGUGACAAUUUUAUCUGACUUGUACUUUACUUGCAUAAACCAGGUUUCCACCCAACCUUUUUUAUGUUGUUACCUAGCUCACAGGUUUUAGCUAGUGCAGAACCAAUGUCUUCAGCAAAUACCAUCAGAAGAUUCCUUCCCUUGUUUUUGGCCCGCAUAUCAGGAAAUUGACCCUAUCAAAUGUAUUUGAAAAAGCCAUUUUUACAUCAGUGCUUUACAGAUACCCAGCCUAAAACCCCAAAGAGCAAGCAGUGCAGAGGCAGAAGCACAGUGGCUAGGAAAAACUACCUAGAAAGGCAGGAACCUAGGAAGAAAACUAGAGAAGAACCAGGCUCCAAGGGGUGGCCAGUCCUCCUCUGGCUGUACCAGAAAUCGUUCCCGUCAGUCGUGUGCUGUUUACUACUGAAUUAGGGUUAAUGUCAAGAUGCUCUUUCCUGAAUGUGUUUAUUUUAUUCAACCGUUAGUGUUUUUAUUUAUUUAUUUUUUUUAUGAUUAUUUCUGGUCAAAUCCUGCUCGGAAUAGGGAUUUGUUCCCCAGUGUGUUCAGAGUACCACUGUAUUAACUCUGAAGGCCAUAUCAGGUCAUUGGGGGAAACAGCAGGGGAGUGAAGGGCAUGUAGGCUGUGGUGUGUUGCUUAAGACCGUCAUACACCUCAGACAUGAGUGCUGUGGUGGAUGAUUCUAGGAAUGGGAGCCUGGGAGUGGAAGGGGGUUUUGAGUCAUUGCUGCAAUCCCAAGAGGCUCAGGGCCAAGACCAGCAGCUGGGUGGUGGGCUUGGUAUGAACGUCUGUUAGGUUCUGAGGCUGUUGGCUGGAUGGAACCAGUAGAUGCAGGUCACACUAGCUUUAUGUAGGCUAAUGGUCAUUAGGGCUGUGACGAUACCAGUAUCACUAUUUAUUACAUGGCAAAAAUGAAAACGCAAGGCAGACCAAACCCCUUUGGUCCUUUUUAAAACCUGAUGUAAAAUAGUGUGUGCAAUAACAUGGAAAAUAAAUUUAAUGUGACUCUGGAUGACAACCAUGAUGUUUGUUUCCAACAUUACGUCUGUUUUCCUAAAGAAGUGAAGUCCGCUUCGUGUUUUGUUUCUUUGCCAGGAUACUGAGUAUCGCGAUACUGGUAUUGUCCCGGCCCUAAGUCCAUGCAGCUGCAGAAUUAUUCUGGUGGCCAUGGAAUGGAGUCAUUCUGGGGCCGUCUGAGCGCACCUCCUGCAGUAAUAUUAAACAGGAAGCAAUCUUAGUGAGACACAAUGGAUGGGUCGUCAGUAAGGCCCUGUGUUUUGGUUAAUUAUGUCACAUGACCUGGAUUUUAACCUUUUUAUUUAAAGCUUUUUCAUCAAACUUGCCCCUUUUUGUCAUUUUAUGGCAGAUGGUCCAACACCAUCCUCAGACAAUUGCUUUCAUUUUUGGUGUAGUUCUAGUUUCUGGAUAAGGUUCAGAACCAGGUCAUGUGACACGAUUUAACCGAAACACAGGGCCCUAGUCAUCAUACAUGUGGGAAGCAUGGGUCUGAGCUAGUAGAGACUUAGGCUAUAUACAAUGCUGAUUUACCUAAAGUCCACAGUGAAAAGCAGAUGGCGACCUGCUUACAGUAGGAGUACUUAUGCUGUUGGACUCUUGUAUGGCUCAAUUACCCAUGCUCUUUAUAUUCCUAUCGGCAUGAAAUUGUUUUCACAGAGCUACCCGUAAUUCAUCAAUAAGACUUAAUGAAAACCACAAUAUGUCCAAAUGUCAUACUUUCCUGUAACAAUUUUUACACUGAACAAAAAUAUAAACACAACAUGUACUGAUUUCCUUGUCUCCCGAGUGGCGCAGUGGUCUAAGGCACUGCAUCGCAGUGCUAGCUGUGCCACUAGAGAUCCUGGUUUGAAUCCAGGCUCUGUCGUAGCCGGCCGCGACCGGGAGACCCAUGGGGUGCUGACUAUAGGAAUGUCCACCAGAGCUGUUGUCAGAUAAUUGAAUGUUAAUUUCUCUACCAUAUGCCACCUCCAACGUCGUUUUAGAGAAUUUGACAGUACGUCCAACCGGCCUCACAACCGCAGACCACGUGUAUGGAGUCGUGUGGUUGAGUGGUUUGCUGAUGUCAAUCUUUUGAACAGAGUUGCCCCAUGGUAGCGGUGGGGUUAUGGUAUGGGCAGGCAUAAGCUACGGACAACGAACACAAUUGCAUUUUAUCGAUGGCAAUUUGAAUCCACAGAGAUACCGUGAUGAGAUCCUGAGGCCCAUUGUCGUGUCAUUCAUCUGCCACAGUCACCUCAUGUGAGACCAUGGCCUGUAUAUUACCUACCUCAUGUUUUGGAAAGGCCAUUGACACUUGCGCUAAUAAGUGAUUUUCAAUAGAUUUCAGGGAUAUUAUUUUUCCCCUCCCAUCAACACUGCCGGAGUAACAGAACCAUGGAUGACUUGGACUACUUGCUGAAUGAUAAAAACAAAACAAAUGGACCACAUAAAUCUCUAAAAUAAAAAUCCAUGUUUUUAAUUUUAAUUCACAAUUAAAAACUUUACAAGGUAAAAGUGACUUUAUCAACAACAAAAAAUGGGACAAAUAGUAUGACAACUGAACUUGUAAAGCUUAAAUAAAACAGACAUACAAGACAGGACAUACAGUGGGGAGAACAAGUAUUUGAUACACUGCCGAUUUUGCAGGUUUUCCUACUUACAAAGCAUGUAGAGGUCUGUAAUUUUUAUCAUAGGUACACUUCAACUGUGAGAGACGGAAUCUAAAACAAAAAUCCAGAAAAUCACAUUGUACGAUUUUUAAGUAAUUAAUUUGCAUUUUAUUACAUUACAUAAGUAUUUGAUACAUCAAAAAAGCAGAACUUAAUAUUUGGUACAAAAACCUUUGUUUGCAAUUACAGAGAUCAUACGUUUCCUGUAGGUCUUGACCAGGUUUGCACACACUGCAGCAGGGAUUUUGGCCCACUCCUCCAUACAGACCUUCUCCAGAUCCUUCAGGUUUCGGGGCUGUUGCUGGGCAAUACGGACUUUCAGCUCCCUCCAAAUAUUUUCUAUUGGGUUCAGGUCUGGAGACUGGCUAGGCCACUCCAGGACCUUGAGAUGCUUCUUACGGAGCCACUCCUUAGUUGCCCUGGCUGUGUGUUUCGGGUCGUUGCCAUGCUGGAAGACCCAGCCACGACCCAUCUUCAAUGCUCUUACUGAGGGAAGGAAGUUGUUGGCCAAGAUCUCGCGAUACAUGGCCCCAUCCAUCCUCCCCUCAAUACGGUGCACUUGUCCUGUACCCUUUGCAGAAAAGCAUCCCCAAAGAAUUAGGAUGGUGUUCUUGGGGUUGUACUCAUCCUUCUUCUUCCUCCAAACACGGAGAGUGGAGUUUAGACCAAAAAGCUCUAUUUUUGUCUCAUCAGACCACAUGACCUUCUCCCAUUCCUCCUCUGGAUCAUCCAGAUGGUCAUUGGCAAACUUCAGACGGGCCUGGACAUGCGCUGGCUUGAGCAGGGGGACCUUGCGUGCGCUGCAGGAUUUUAAUCCAUGACGGCGUAGUGUUACUAAUGGUUUUCUUUGAGACUGUGGUCCCAGCUCUCUUCAGGUCAUUGACCAGGUCCUGCCGUGUAGUUCAGGGCUGAUCCCUCACCUUCCUCAUGAUCAUUGAUGCUCCACAAGGUGAGAUCUUGCAUGGAGCCCUGAUGUCCUUACACAGCUCUCUGGCCUUGGCCAUUGUGGAGAGGUUGGAGUCUGUUUGAUUGAGUGUGUGGACAGGUGUCUUUUAUACAGGUAACGAGUUCAAACAGGUUUAAUUAAUACAGGUAAAGAGUGGAGAACAGGAGGGCUUCUUAAAGAAAAACUAACAGGUCUGUGAGAGCCGGAAUUCUUGCUGGUUGGUAGGUGAUCAAAUACUUAUGUCAUGCAAUAAAAUGCAAAUUAAUUACUUAAAAAUCAUACAAUGUGAUUUUCUGGAUUUAAAAAUUACAGACCUCUACAUGCUUUGUAAGUAGGAAUACCUGCAAAAUCGGCAGUGUAUCAAAUACUUGUUCUCCCCACUGUAUACAGCUAGAAACCAGCUCCCAGGAAAAAAUGCCUGCAUGGUUCCGCCACACAUAGUAUGAAAAAUGUAUGCACUCACUAACUGUAAGUUGCUCUGGAUAAGAGCGUCUGCUAAAUGACUCAAAUGUAAAUAUAAUGUUUCAGCAUAACGCACGGCCGGCCCCAUGUCACAAGGAUCUGUUCACAAUUCCUGGAAGUUGAAAUAUCCCAGUUCUUCUAUUAGGGCCUAAUUUAAUUAAUUUCAAUUUACUGAUUUCCUUAUGAACUGUAACUCAGUAAAAUCUUUGAAGUUGUUGCAUGUUGUUCAGUAUAGUCAGCUAUCCACAACCUGUAAUCAGUUGUUUUAAAGGGAAUUCUUCAUUUUUCUUGUCAGAAACUGAAGGAUGCCGGCGUCGCUGUCCCAGAGGUGGGCAAGAAGCCGUCUGGCGUUGGAGUACAGGAGGAGAACAAGACGUUGAAGGCAGAGGUUCGCUCUCUGAAGGAUGAGCUGGAAGCCACCAAGAAAGGUGACUAACAGUUUUUACCUCUAGUGGAGAUUCUCUCUACCAAAUGGUGAUAGCUGGAUGGUGAUGUAUUGUAGAGAUGAAAAUGGGGAGAAAAGACCAAUGUACAGUGGCCUGCCCUCUUGUCCUGACUGUAUGGUGUGUGUGUGUGGCUUGCCUAGUCCUCCAGAAGUCUGACGGUGACGUGAAGGCAAUGAAGAAGCAGGCUGAGAACCUGACGGUGGAGUAUGACCGCCUGCUCAACGAACAUUCCAAGCUGCAGGUCUGUACUGGAAACAUGUACACACACCCACCCACAGAGGCACAAACACACCAGGCUUUCCGUUAGCUGGUAAUAACCGGCUUUUGUCACCCCCAAAAAAAUAGAAAAGCCACUAAAUAAAAUCGAAUUGUGAAAUAAUGCUUUUUAGCCUAUUCAUUGAUGGAAAUACAUUGACUGGUCAUGCUUAUUGGUCUAUAGGUUAAUUUGCAUAAUUUAGUGGAAUUAAAUUGGCACGUGUGUACAGUAUAUUUGGUCUGCGUCUUUAUUAUCACACGCUUAAGCCUACAGUAUACAGAUACAGAGCCUUUGAGUGGAGAAUCUGUCAGGCAGCGCGAGAGCAGCCGCUGCAGCAUCUUGUGGUGCUUUCAAGACAACUGGGAAAUUAUGGCUCUAUCGUCCCACAGCUGUCCCAGUCUGUUUGGAAUAGGACAUUUAUUUCUCCAACAAGCUGACCAAUAGAGUAGGUCGACUUUUCUACUAUGGGGAUAGUAAAUCAACAUAGGCUAGUGAUCUUGCUGUUCGUUACUCAUCUUGUUGGCUGAGGAAAAGUACAUCUGGACAGUUAUUCUAACAUCUUCAAAGGAAGGACCAAACAUCGUUGCAUUCUCGACUUGCGUGUUGUGUUAAUAUUAAUUACCAUAAUCGAAAUGUGAUUUCUGUCGUUCUGAGCACUGUGGGUGGACGCCUUAAUCAGGUUACGCACCCAAUACGUUUCUAAAACGUCCGGUAAAUAAAAAAUGUUGCCGGUCAAAUGUCCAGCGCCACAUUUUCCGAACGGAAACCCUGACACACAGACACUGCGAUCUGAGAAAAACGACUACAAUGUUGAUCAGGCAACAGUCUCAUUGAGUAACAAUGGAUGUGUCAUGUGUAUGUGCUGGUAAGCAUGGAUCUGAGCUAGUUUACUAUCGCGGUUUACUAUUGCGUUAUGAACUCUUGAACCUAAGAGUGCUGCACCAAGACACUGCACUAACCCUACAUCAUGUUGUGGCCAUUCAGGACCCACUGGUGUAUUGACCUGAGCAGUGACUGAUAGCUUAGUAAUGCUGAACAUAUCCCAGUCCCACCUCUUUCUCAUGGCUUAUGCAAUAGUCUUAUGAUGAAAUGAACACUUCCCACUUAACCGUUGCACUUUUACUGGCAGCUGAGUCAGUCGGAUGUCUUGCAAAAAAUGAAAUUAAAGACAUUUUACAUUUCUAGCAAUCGGGGACAUAGGCCACAACUUAUUAAAUGACCUGCCACAUGUCGUGUUUCUUGUUAAAGUUUUUUUUUUAUUUGCUAUCACUUGAGGCUCCAGACAUAAUGUCAGCAGGCAGGUGGUCUGGUACACGUGUAGCAUACAUGGCUACUUAAUGUUCACACGAUUUGGAUCCGUGGGUUUUUGAACCCCUCUGAGCUCGUGGUACCUGAUCACUUGGGGACUUUAUUGCCCUGGCACAAGUCUCCUGGCACAAGUCUCCUGGCACAAGUCCUUUACCCUGCUGCUGUAGCCUGCCCACUUCAUUCAAAUUUAAACAGGAGAAACCCCUGUCAUACGCAUUCACUGGCCCAUGGCCCGAUGUUCAUGUAACCUAUACGCAAAGGAUAAAUCAGUUGACUUAUUUAGACCAGAAGUCACGUCGGGUAUCAGAGCUCUCAGGGCAAGCAGUGCAGAGAGACGUGCUGUAAUUUGAACUUGAGAUUUUACAGCCUUAUCUGUAACAUGGUAAAUCCAUGUGUGGAAGUUUUUUGGUAGGUUAACCUUUAGUUCCUUGUAUUACUGAAAGGCCAGUUGAUCAUCAGAAAAUGCAUAGUUUCAUUUAUAUAAUAAUCUGUGCCAAUGCAGUGUUUGUUGGUUUGUGUUGACUUGUUUAAAUUACAAAAUGGACUGUACUAUAUUUUUCCGCUCCACUUAAUGCUUUCAGUUUAUGUAUAAAUGAACAGCUAUAGUUAGUCAUUGUGCUUUUAUACUGAACAAAAAUAUAAACCCAACAUGUAAAGUUUUGGUCCCAGAAUAUUUCCAUAUGCACAAAAAGCUUAUUUCUCUCAAAUUUUGUGCACAAAUUUGUUUACAUCCCUGUUAGUGAUCAUUUCUCAUUUGCCAAGAUAAUCAAUCCACCUGACAGCUGUGGCAUAUCAAGAAGCUGAUUAAAACAGCAUGAUUGUUACGCAGGUGCACCUUGUGCUGGGGACACUAAAAGGCCACUUUUGUCACACAACACAAUGCCACAGAUGUCUCAAGUUUUGAGGGAGUGUGCAAUUGGCAUGCUGACUGCAGGAAUGUCCACCAGAGCUGUUGCCAGAGAAUUUAAUGUUCAUUUCUCUACCAUAAGCCGCCUCCAGUACGUCCAACCGGCCUCACAACCGCAGACCACGUGUAACCGCCAACCCAGGCCGCCACAUCCGGCUUCUUCUCCUGCGGGAUCGUCCAAGACCAGCCACCUGGACAGCUGAUGAAACUGUGGGUUUGCACAACCGAAUAAUUUCUGCACAAACUGUCAUAAACCAUCUCAGGGAAGCUCAUCUGCAUGAAUGUCGUCCUCACCAGGGUCUUGACCUGACUGCAGUUCGGCGUCGUAACCGACUUCAGUGGGCAAAUGCUCUCCUUCAAUAGCCACUGGCACGCUGGAGAAGUGUGCUCUUCACUGAUGAAUCCCGGUUUCAACUGUACUGGGCAGAUGGCGCGUAUGGUGUCGUGUGGGCGAGCGGUUUGCUGAUGUCAACGUUGUGAACAGAAUGCCCCAUGGUGGCGGUGGGGUUAUGGUAUGGGCAGGCAUAAGCUACGGACAAUGAACACAACUGCAUUUUAUCAAUGGCAAUUUGAAUGCACAGAGAUACCGUGACGAGAUCCUGAGGCCCAUUGUCAUGCCAUUCAUCCGCCGCCAUCACCUCAUGUUUCAGCAUGAUAAUGCACAGCCCCAUGUCGCAAGGAUCUGUACACAAUUACUGGAAGCUGAAAAUGUCCAAGUUCUUCCAUGGCCUGCAUACUCACCAGACAUGUCACCCAUUGAGCAUGUUUGGGAUGCUCUGGAUCGACGUGUACGACAGCGUGUUCCAGUUCCUGCCAAUAUCCAGCAACUUCGCACAGCCAUUGAAGAGGAGCGGGACAACAUUCCACAGGCCACAAUCAACAGCCUCUAUGCGAAGGAGAUGUGGUGGUCACACCAGAUACCGACUGGUUUUCUGAUCCACGCCCCUACCUUUAUUUUUAGCUAUCUGAGACCAACAGAUGCAUAUCUGUAUUCCCAGUCGUGAAAUCCAUAGAUGAGGGCCUAAUGAAUUUAUUUUAAUAUACUUAUUUCCUUAUAUGAACUGUAACUCAGUCAAAUCUUUGAAAUUGUUGCAUUUUAUAUUUUUGUUCAGUGUAUGAAUCGUUUUUCUGAAUCCCUCUUCUACAGGCAAGCAGUGAUGCUAAAUCGCAGGACAAAAAGUCUAACUGAUCGGGAGAGGAGUGUUGACGUGUUCAUACAUCCACCGUCAAUAACAGCCACCCACCACCACUGCUUUGCACAGGAAGUCACUAGGUGCUGAAUGUGCAGACCUGCUGGAGGAGGAUUCGGUUUAUCUGCCUUUAAAGCCUCGCUACUCUGAUUUGUUGUGGAGCACAAUGGAUAGCAAUGUUUUUGUUUGGUUAGCCUCCGUUUGUGAAACCACCAUAUACUUUAUCUGUGUUAGCCAUUUUCAUUCCAUUUGAAAUUAAAUGAACGAAUUGCACAUCUGAACAGAUGAUCCUGUGCCUCUUUGAAUUUGAGAAGGCUAUGUCCCCCGUUGUAAGUCUGAUUUUAGUUGUUCAACCAAUGUAUCUAUUCUGAGGGGACCAGGUAAGAGUUGUUGAGGUGACAUUUAUUCAGAUGAUAUCUGAAAGAAAAUAUGGAGUUGGGAGUCACCUUUGGACUUACUGUAAGGUGUGGUUAAACAUCUUAUUCCAUGAGUGUCACUAUUUCUAUUUGUUAAUUCUUCAUUCUUGUAUUAAAUAUGAUCUGUUAGGAUGUGUUGCCUGUUACUCAUUAGGCCCAUGAGGCAGACAGUACUGUCAUUAAGUGCGUCGUAUUGUAUUGGUGGGAAUCUGCAUAUGCUACUCUGAUAGAAAGUGCUUUCAUCUUUACUCCCAGGCCCAUUUCAUACCUUUGGCUGAACGACUCUGGGAUUUAGCAUGUCUUGUGUUCUCUGAAGCCCUUAUCCUCUUGAUUUGUUAGAAAAGUAUAACUUGUUCCCUUUACCUCGUCUGACUGCACACUUCUGUAUCGGUGUGACCGACUUGCACCACUCAUGUCUGGUUUUAAAACACUGAGUCUGCAUAACCUGAUAUGAGACGCACUAUACUGGAAUGGCGUCCUUCCAUUUGAAGUCAGUUUGCCUCUAAUCUCAUUGGUUGAGAUGGCAUUUAAAAACACGGUUGGUUCAGUCUUUCAAAUGUUAUUAGACACAGAAGGUGAUAUUGUUUAUUAAACUUCUUUGCGAUCUCACACACUCUGCCUUUUUCUUUCCUGUUUUCCCACUUGCUGAUCAUGGAAUGGUCUACUUGGAGCGCUUCACCCACUGAGAAAUGGCCAUUACAUUUUAAUCUGAGGGAAAAUUAAUAAACUGCAUAACAAGCUUUCCCUGCCUCCUAGAUACAAUUUGAACAGUGAGGGCUGUAAAUAAAUCCCUCAUUAAGCAGCAACCUAAGAAUUGUGGAACUUGUCACUUAUUAAAUAAUCAACCGGCCUUUCACCAGGCGACAGUGGAAUAUAUAGCCUGGCAACUUCUGCUGAAAUGAGUGCUUUGGAUCAUCUGAGGAAUUACAUCAUGAAUUGUUGCACCUGGUAAAAAUAGGGUCACUGUCAUAGCCCCUCUGACCUUUAGGGCAGAUGGGAACCUGUCUAGUUUGUGAUAUUAACAUGCCUAAGAACAAGCAUGAGCACACGAUUCAUCCAUGUUUACAAGUAAUAUCAGUGUUUAGUUACCUUCAUCUAUAAUGCGUAAUUUACAAGGUUACCGAGCAGCCCUAGUAGUCGAGAGAGCGUUAUUUUGCUUUCAUCUAUUUUCUUAUGGGCGAGGGUUUUGUUUUGGUUUGUUGAACUAUUUACAGUAGGUGGUAGACGUCUGUAAGCCAUCUGAUUUUUACACGGCACGUUUUCCUCAUGACCAUAUUGUUAAUAGUUUGUUCCGUUUUUUCAGACACUGGUGAUAUUCCUUAGUCCAAGGGCUAUUGAAAUGUAUAUUCUCAACAGAAAAGAUGUCUUACAGGUUUUGCAGAUAUUGUCCAUCUUGCUGUACAGCCAUUGACGUUUGACGUUAUAUAUUUUUAUUCUAUUACACAUAAUUUGGUAGCCUUAAAUGGGAUGUAAUUUAACUAUGACUUAUUUUUGCAUGCUGACUUUCUCACAGGAAAACUGCAUUAAAUCAUAUGAUCUUCUACUGUCCUUUCAAGAAAUGUUGGUUAAUUAUGUCACAUCAAUGUUUUCCCCUUGUCUUGGAGGGAAGGAGUUUUAUGUUUCAUUAUAACUCCAUUUAUUUACCUUGAUUACAGCAUCUCUGUUUGCAGUCAACUACAUGUAUGAGCAUGGUAAAUGCUGUUGGUGUGUAAAGCAAAAUAAAGCUAUUUCUCAACAA